CAGGUCUACUUGAUGUUGGCAAGGCAACGGGGUCAGUGUCGUCCUUGAUGGCUUGACAGGUGCGUGACAGUUCAGCUCUCAGCAUGUACGCGAAAGGGAAAGGGUCUACUGUUCCCUCGGAUGCUCAAGCGAGGGAAAAGUUAGCUUUGUACGUCUACGAAUAUUUAUUACACGUAGGGGCCCAGAAGUCAGCGCAGACAUUUUUAUCAGAAAUACAGAUACGAUGGGAGAAAAACAUUACACUGGGCGAGCCGCCGGGGUUUCUACAUUCUUGGUGGUGUGUGUUUUGGGAUCUAUAUUGUGCCGCGCCAGAGAGGAGAGAAACAUGUGAUCAUUCUAGUGAAGCUAAAGCAUUUCAUGAUUAUGGUUUUGUAAAUUCAGGGUACAGUGUAAAUGGUAUAGCGCCGAAUGCAGCGCCCAGUCCGCUCAGUCAGAUGCCCCCACAAGAUGGCAUGCCUGGCGGUCCCAUGCCACCUAGUUUUUUUCCUCCUCCCGCGUCCCAGCCGUCCCCCCAUUCACAGCCUCCUCACAAUCCCAUGCUGGGACAAAACCAACCCUAUAUGUCCCCACGCUAUCCAGGCGGACCCCGAGGUCCUGGGGUCCGGAUGCCUAACCAAGUUGAGUUUAACACACCUCCCGGCAGUGCUGCAGGACAGAUGCCUAUGCCCAACAGCAUGGAACCAAGGCCGGGACACCCGGGCAUGGGCCCAAUGCAGAGGAUGAGUCACCCAGGGGGCAGGAUGCCCGGUCCAAUGAACCCAGUUUACGACUCAUUACCAAGUUAUGGUGGCAUGAGGGGUCCACCGCCUAACUCAAGUAUGGGGCCAGGAGGCCCUGCAGGAAUGCCACCAAUGUCGAUGCCAGGGGGUCCCGGUGGACCAGGGGGACAGGGGAACAGACCGUGGCCACCUACAUCAUCAUCAUUAAACUACUCGUCAGCAUCUCCAGGAAGUUAUAAUGGUCCCCCAGUAACAGGUCCCCCAGGUACACCCAUCAUGCCCAGUCCACAAGACCUCCCACAUAUGCUUUCAGCGCCAGAAGCAGGUAACUCAGACGGAAUGUACAGUAUGAUGAAACCAGGUGGUCCGGGCGGCAUGCCGGGGAUGCCAGGGUUUCCAAUGGGACCUGAUGGGUCUAUGGGACCGAUGGGACCAGGGGAAAUGCCUCCAGUAAUGAAUGGUAUGUCUGUUCCAGGGGAUAUGGAUGGUAUGAAGAACUCACCUGCCAACGGCCCAGGAACACCAAGAGAUGAUAUGCCACCUGUUAGCGCAGCAGACAUUGGGGGAUAUGGUCUGGCUGGGUACCAAGACAAUGAGCAAAACGAAUCUGCCGCUAUCCUAAAGAUUAAAGAAUCUAUGCAGGAGGAGGCAAAACGCUUUGAAAAAGACGCCGACCAACCAGAAUAUUUCAUGCAAUAAAACCUAAAUUAUUCUAUUAUUUAUAUGUUAGUACAUUGGACGCGAUUGAAGUCUUCUACAGGUGGUAGUGCCAGUGAUAGAAUGGCCUGGAUGUUCACUAUGACUGCAGGAUUAGGGAACUUGACGACCUUGACCUUCUUUAUUUGCGUACAUUAGCCCUGGCUCCCGGCUUUCUCUGCUCUCUAGACACGCAUGUUCAUAAUCUCUAGGAAAAGCUCCAGCAGCCGACUCCAGCCUCCGAAGAGUUCAGUUUCAUUUCUGUUGUAGACUAGUCAACUAGUUUCUUCAGUUGUCCCUAAUCUGCAAGACUACUCAAGUUUUCUUGACAUUGUGUUGCUUGUAGACGUGGUCUGCUCUGCCAUGUCUCCCUCAUCCAGGUCAUAUUGAACAGCCAGGCUUGAACAUUGAGACAUCAGGAUUGUUUGAUGAUGAAGAAAUAGUCUUCAAGCCAAUACAGCUGGCCAGUAGUAGUAAAGUAGCUCAUCUUUGCUUCCACUUAACAUUAACAGUACUGUACUGUGUCCUGCCCUCAAUUGCAUGUCUUGUCUCCGUCAAACUGACCUGUUAUUAAAUGAGGGUCCUCACCUGUCUCAGGCAACCAUACGACCGUCCGUCCGUCCGUCCGACCCGGCAGCCGAGCUGCAGCCACGCUGUUGACAAUACUGAAUUUCCAACUCUGUAGACUUGCUGCCUUAGCAUUGCAACCCUUGUGCCACUGUGCCCCACUAAACUACUAAACCAGGGAGGGGGCGGGGCGGGGCAUCAUCAUUGAGUCAUGUGCGACACACAUUUAUGUAUUUCUAUGUUCUAUAUGUACACAUAUAUUCAUAUAUUAUUGGAGUUGUCUUCCCAUGUUGCUAGCAUUGUCUUCUGAUAAAUUGCCAAAAUACCGAGCGUUUUUGUACAUAGCAAGAUCAUCCUGUUAUUAUGCAAAAGUCACAAGGGCUAGAGUGAGCAGCAACCUCAGUAUGCAGAUCACAAGAUGCUGCUGUGCGGGAGAUGUUAUCUGCGGUUAAUGUAGUGUUUGACAAGAAGUCAUGGUUGAAGCAGUAUCAUUGGGGCUACAGAGGCACAAGGAUUGCGUGUAGCAUAACUAUAUACACCAUAACUUAGCUCUGUUUAAUCCCUUCUACUUUGUCACUGGUGUCCUUCCGAAACGCUUACAGCCUAUCUCUCUGCCCCGAGUGCUAUGUAAUCUCCUUAAUGAUGAUUGUGAUGAAUCUCUUUGGUUGCAAUCUCAAAACCAUUAUUUUUGGGACCAAUUGGUGAGGAAACUCUACUGUCUUCAUCAGCCGUGCAAGCCAAGUGUGGGCCCUCCAACAUAUAUUCGCCAGAUCUGUAGAUGUUGACAGUCGAGAUAACAUGUAGCAUUUGGCUUCAAGAUUAUUUCCGAGUUCAGUGCUCCACAAGCUUGUUUUUUCUCUGGUGCACAUGUACUCCACCGUGGAAGCAGGGGUGAAUGAGUGAUCGAGCGAGGAGUGCAGAAUAUCUGACUUGUUAUAUAUUUAUAUCUGCGAGCUGAUCCCGGCCGACAUCUGUCACUCGGUGAGCUGACAACCCUCUCUGUCUGUCUGCCACCAACUUACAGAUGUCCGAUAGGUUUCAGCUGGCAUCUUGUUAUACUCUGACUGCACAUGGUCGUUUCUGAUGUAGUCGGAUAAUGUGGCUUUUUGUAUAUUUUGAUACUGGGCUGCCCCGUGUUCCAGCUUCUUCCCGGGGCACUUUCUGUCCCUCUGUUUCUAAUGUUGAUGUGAGUGUUUUUAUUUAUGUGUUUGUGCGAUCGAUAUCCUCAUGCAAAUCCAUAAUCCGCCUCUAGGAAGUAGGUAUCACAGCGUGGACGCAGCCCAUGAGUAAUGUAUGUGAAUCUGUGGAGGGAGCUCUGCAGGGUUAUAUUGUUUUGUUUGUAGUCCUUGCCCACAAGUACUCAUAGCAGCAUUUUAUAAAUCUCUAGUUCUGUAUUGUUUUCCUCCAGCUGUGUAGCUGUCUUGGGCAGUACGCCAUAAGCAGAAUUUGAGUUUUUCACUCUAUGUUUGGCGAGCAUGAGACAGCUGUAGUGUUUGUGUGCUCCGCCUGCGACAACGCUAGUCACCUAGUACCUUAUCAGUUUCUAUACUGCCAGUGCUCACACUAAUAUUGUCGUAGGAACAUAUAUUUUUUCACAAAUUUGUCAAAAAAACCUGCUCUUGAUCAAAAUGAUAAAAAUACUGAAACAUGUCCAUAUUUUGAUAUAGACUGUCAUGUACAUAACUUUAUCUUGACCAUAUCAUAAAAGAUAUUUGGUAGACUUAACACUGUACUCCAUCAAUCUUCGAAAACGUUUUAUUCUGACAUCUUCCGUAAAUAACGAGUUUCAUUGCAAUGGAAGUAUGUUAGUACGGUGUGGCAGUAGCAGUGUUUGGAUUGUUUCCUUUCUUUUAGUUCUCAUUAUUAACAUGUAGUAAACUUGUUGUAGUUUGUUUGACGCAAACUUUUUAAUCACUUAAUGUUCGCUCCACAUCUAAGAAAAUCUCUUGAAACGAAUACGAGCCGUCUGUCAUUUAAUGUUUUCAGGAAAUUUCUUUGCAACGUUGUAGUGGAACUUUUAACACUUUUGCUUUAAGUUUUGUUUGUAACGUGUAUUUGGCUUCUAAUGGAGCGUUUAGUGCAAAUGUUUUAAAUGAGCGCAAAUACCUCUUCUCUUUACUUGUAAUGGACAAAUUGCACUUUCGGUUGUUUUUCAGGACAGCCUCGCGUGCUUUUAGCAAGCCGAAUGAAAGCUGGUAAGGGUGGAGAUAGGGACAAACAUUCAGAAAGGGGAAAGGAAAGAUAAUUUAAGAGGCAAUCCAACCUUGUGACAAUGUGUAUCCGUAGUCACUUCUCCAUAGUCGGUUGCUAGGUGACCAAGAUGAGUGUCACUGAGACCUGCUUCUCGAUUCAAACUGGGAUUCCGAUUGGUUAGAAGACAUGAUGAUACAGAACAGUCGGAAGAUGGUGAUAGCUGUCGCCUUCCCAGCAUUCCCCAGGAAGGAGAGCAGAGUUACUCCCCUUGGUGGACUGGGAUAUACCCAGAGAAUAACUGUCUUGUCAAUUUCUUAUAUCAAAUAUGCAUAUGAUAAGUUAAAUUUGUGAUAGAAUUUGUGGGGACUUUCUUUUGGCAUUUAAUUGGGGAGUGAUUUGAAAUUGUAAACUUUGUGUGAAGAUCUGAUUCUGCUACUGUCGUGGGUGGGGGUUCCACAAUGUGAGGGAAUGGGAUCUCAUUCACAAACCACUUGUUUUGCUGGGGGCAAAACCACAUCAAGACAAUUCAUUGUUAAUUCUACUUCCCCACUGAAAUCUACUACCCCACAGCUAGGCGACCAGUCCUGCAUAUAUAUAUUGAUGUAGAUGGUUCCUUGUGAAUGGGGUGGGCAUAAGGUGGUCUGAUGGUAGGGGUGGGGUGGGUCGGGUGGUGGGGAGGUCAUUACUGCCCGGCGAUGUCGACGCCAGUGCCGUCGUAUCCAUCGUGUACAUUGAAGAAUGAUCUGAUCGUGUAAAGUUACCUGUAAUUAUAUUUAUUUAUCUUCAUGUUGGUGGAGUACAGUUGUUAAAUAACUUGCAAGCAUUUUGCCAUGUAUAUGGUAAAAACCAAAUUUGAAUGCCUCUUUUUUGCAAUACUGUACGAUAUGUGAUGUGACAGUUUGUUACGUUCACGUAGUUGUAGCCUGUUGAUUGCUCACAAUAUGCCGCCGCCAUACAUCGUAAUGGGAGUAUGCGUAACUUGUACGUACGUACGCAUGCUCUCGCCGGCUGGUGUAUUGAGACAGUAGAUGUGGUACAAAUGGAUAGCCCUAGUUAUUGUAAACACCUCCUCGUCAUUGCGCUGUCAGGCAUCACCAGGGCUCAGAGGCUGGUCCAGUCCCCCCCCCUCCAUAUGGCCCUGAGAUUCCAUAUCAUAUCAAUGUGCCCGAAGAGAACCGUAACAUGUAUUUUAUGACAUCAUCCUCAUGAAUCACCCACUCACUACAAUGACCUACCUACCUUUGUAAAUAUUUCAUCUCAACCUGAUGUUUGAUAAUGUGGCUCAAAGGCACUCUCAAUUCCAACAUGGCAUAUCAUAUGUGUUCAAGUCAGUAUUGAAUACUUAUUCCAUAACCCAACCAUCUAGAAUACUUCGGACCAUAAUCUUCUUCACAUAUUUUGGCAUAUAUUACCUAUGCUGUUGUUGUCCAUAUCAUUAAGUGCUUACUACAUUUCAAAUUCAUAGACAUCGCAUGAUAUUGAAGAGAAUAAAUAUGUAUUUUUCAUACUCAUUCAAUAUACGUAGUAUGGAUUACCAAUUGGCCAAAUAGCUCACUUCGAUAUUAAUUCGUAGCAUAGCUCACCUGAACUUACAGUUGUAGAGUUUUUUCGGAAUCGUCAGAUGAUCAUCUUGAUUGAGACUAGUGCUAGGUAACAGGGAUAGUGUGGCAGGGCCCAGGGAGAUGUCCUCGCUCAUGAUCAGUCAUUGUAUACAUUGUUACUCAUGUUUUCAUGCAAACAAACAUCUGGUUGUAUAGUUGUUCCCAUUAUAAGGCGAGGCCAUCUUUCUGGUCGUGUCACUGGAAAGGAGGGAAGUUACUCUCAAGGAAAUUAGUCCUCGUAUUGUUCUGAAGUGCAGACUCCUGUUAAAAUUGACAUUUACAAACAUCGAAGUAAGAAUUGUAAGUAUUCAAGCUUCAGAUCUGCAUUUGAGAACACUGUGAGAAGUAGGACCUAUGUUGUGUUUCAGAACACUAUGAGAAGUAGGACCUAUGUUGUCUUUGCUCAGUUUGCCUUGCUUGCCAACAAUAUCAGGAUAUUUAUAGAUACAAGAAAGACUUUUCAAAUCCCAGAAAGACUGACCAGCCUUUGAGAUCUUUCGUGGAUAUCUUUGACUUGCUGAUGUUCAUCUACCUCACACUAUCACUAGAAGGUCUGGUUAGUGCUCUUGCCACAAAAAAACCUUGUAAAGAAACACACUCAAUGAUGCAACCGACAAGGUGUGAGUGGUGGGAGUUGUCUGCCCUUGUCACUCAAUCAUCUCAUCUCCAUUUGUAAAUUAACCAAAGGCAAGUCGUGUCUAGAGGUGUGGCUCAACCCAAUUGUCUUACAGCGUAAUGGCUGAUGGGGUGUAUCGCCUUGCUUUGUAUAAUAGCAGCGUUAUUAAAUGCGACAGGUUUAUUUCCCAGCGUAAUGUUGUACAGCCGUGUGGAUCUAAAGACAGUUGUUAAAAGUCGGCUAUGUAUCAUAUGCUGCUCCAUAUUUUAUUUGGUUGGGAGGGUGGUUACAACCAGCUGUACAGCAGGCGUUAAAGCGGCCCAACAGUGUAACAAUCAAAAUUUAUGGCAAUAUUGUAAUAUAUCUCAGUCAUUUUAUAUUCUAUUCAUUUCAUGUGUGGAGAUGGUCUCCUCAUCUUCUAAGUUAUUGUGUCCUUCUCCGUUGUGUAGCGACCUAGAUUUGUCAUCUUUAGUUUGAGACAUUUCCAAUGUGUGUCUUGUGCAGCAUCUUGUAGACUCACUCAUCAGAGGGCUCUAAUAAAAUAUGUCAAACUGUUGGAUCCCCCACGAA